UAGCGAUCUUGGCUGUCUCAAUAAAAUUGACAGUUGUAAAUUUUUACUCGCGAGUUGACUAAAAAAUAAUUUUUAAGUGCAGUGAUGGCCGUUUUAAAUAUUAUCAUUGUAUGUAUAACAUUGUUUGUGUUAGUCACCGUUAAAGGUAAUAGCAUACCGAUUGAAAUCGCUGAAAAUCAAUGGAUAGUUGAUGCCCAAAAUUCUAUAAAAGAUUCUUUGUCAAAAAUAGAAUCAUAUGGUGUAGAAAAUGAAAAAAUUAAGACGAUUACCAAUGAAGCAUUCGAUACAUUUACAAAGUUCACGAGAAAUGAAUUGUCUAAGAUUAUUAAACAGAUGGAUGAUAUAAAAUCAGAAAAUAUAUGGAUACUAAAAACUCAGUUGACUGAUUGGUUGAACGAUUUAGAAAAGCUAAAUAAAGUGUCUGACGUGACUGAGAAAACACCGGAUAAAGCAAUAGGAAAAUUUUACUUCACUAUUGAUUUCAUAUCAAAAAAUGUUGUUGGAUUUGAUAAACACUUAAAUUAUGAUUCAAUUGAAUUUAAAAAAAUUGUGGACGAACUCAAAUCGCUGCUUGAAAAAUCUGUUGCCAAAUUGGUAGAAUACGCAAGUUCUGUGAAGGAUCAAGUUUCCGGAACUUCUAAAACUGAGUGAAACAUGAAAAUAAAAUAUGUGUUUAUUAAUUUAACUCAUGAUAAAAUUAGUGUUUACCCAUAGAUCACAUAUAAAGAAUUAUACAUUUUUUUUUAACACAAUACCUAGAAUAAUAUAAUAUAUAAUGUUGUUUUCUGUCACGUACUUUUACAUAUUCAGAUAUUCCAAGUAUAUUUUUACUAUAAUUAAAGGUACAAAUAAACCUGUUUGCAUCUUGAGCUGGUCCUGUUGAGGCUUACUUCUAUAUUUUACAAUAUUUUAUCAAUAUGCAAUUGGAAUUUUUGAUUAGUAGUUUAUCUAUAUUUUAAUUUUAUUGGUUUAAAAAAAAAUUUUUUUAUCAGUUAGUAAUAUUAAA